AUUAUUUCUUGUUUCAAUGAAAAUGCAAUAAAUGUGUCACAUUCUUCAUGUUCUUCAAGCUAUUCAAACAAAAGUUAUAUAUCUCCAAACCUUACACCUUCAACACAAAAUUCAGUUUCAUCACUCUACAAAUCAAUCCUCUCCAACAAAAAACAUAUUUUGAUCAAAGUCACAUGGUGUAAAAACCAUUCAAAUCAAGGACUCACAAUUACCUUUGAUGAAGAAGAAAAUCCACUAGCAAGUUCUUUCAAACUCAACACAAAUUCAAGGUUUUUUAGGAAAAAGAAAGGAAGCAAAUUUUUGGAACAUUGUAACAAUGAUUUAAAAGUUGAAGUCUUUUGGGAUCUUUCAAAUGCAAAAUAUGAAAAUGGUCCUGAACCUGUUGAAGGAUUUUACAUUGCAGUUCUUGUUGAUUCAGAAAUUGGUCUCAUUCUUGGUGACAUAGGUGAAGAUUUUUUAACAAAGAAGAUGAAAAAAAGAACCCUUUUGGCUAAAGUUUCACUUUUUUCAAAAAGUGAAAUUUUUUCAGGUAACAACACAAUUUACACAACUAAGGCAAAGUUUUGUGAAAGUGGAAAUUUGCAUGAGAUUUUGAUUAAAUGCAGUGGUGAAAAUGAAGGGUUUAAUAAAUUUCCUAUUCUUAGUGUUUUUAUUGAUAAGAAGGUGGUGAUUUGUGUGAAGAGGUUGCAUUGGAAUUUUAGGGGUAAUCAAACAAUUUUUGUUGAUGGGUUGUUGGUGGAUUUGCUUUGGGAUGUUCAUAAUUGGUUUUUUAAAGGUGUUUCUAAUGGGUGUGGUGUGUUUAUGUUUAGGACUAGGAGUGGUUUGGAUAGUAGAUUAUGGUUAGAAGAGAAAUUGGAUGUCAAAGAUAAAGAUAGACUUGGUUUUUCUUUGUUGAUCUAUGCUUGUAAGACCUCUUAGGGGUAAUUAAAUUGUUCAUCUUACCAUUUUUUAAUCCCUUUUUUUCUCUCUUUCUCUCUA